AUGCGAACUAAAUUCGUGAUCGCACAAAAUCAAGAUGUUAGGCGGAUGUUGAAGAUCACUCCGGUCCAAAGGGAAAGUUUUCAUCUCUCGAGUUUGAAGCUGAGGGCCGGCGGGGCAAGCAAAGGUGAAGAGCCAGAAAAGCUGCCUGAGCCGCCCCAGGAGGAGUCCCAGGUUCUGCACGGAACUGGCCACUGUAAGUGGUUCAAUGUGCGCAUGGGAUUUGGAUUCAUCUCCAUGAUAAACCGAGAGGGAGACCCCUUGGAUAUUCCAGUGGAUGUAUUUGUACACCAAAGCAAACUAUUCAUGGAAGGAUUUAGAAGCUUGAAAGAAGGAGAGCCAGUAGAAUUUACAUUUAAAAAGUCCCCCAAAGGACUUGAAUCAAUAAGGGUAACAGGCCCAGGUGGGAGCCCCUGCUUAGGAAGUGAAAGAAGACCUAAAGGGAAGACACAGCCGAAAAGAAAACCAAAGGGAGACAGGUGGAGACGGCAGGACUUACUGAUGGAUCAGAUGUGGACUGUGAGAGAAGAAGAGUCCAGGAUGAUUCCAAGAUGCUAUAACUGUGGUGGCCUUGACCAUCAUGCUAAAGAAUGUAGUCUACCUCCUCAGCCAAAGAAGUGCCAUUACUGUCAGAGCAUCAUGCACAUGGUGGCAAACUGCCCACACAGAGUUGUCGCACAGCUGUCCACCAGCUCUCAGGAAAGACAGGAAGCAGAAUCCCAGCCGUGCACUUCUACUUCGCCGAGAGAAGUGGGAGGGGACCGUGGCUGCACAUCACCGUUUCCUCAGGAGGCGAGGUCAGAGCUGGCAGAGCUUUCAGACAGGUCACCCCAGGAAGUUUCUUCCCUGAAGGCACCAGAAGAGCAAAACAAAAAGGGGCCUUCAAUUCAAAAACGGAAGAAAACUUAA